AUGCAUUACGCGGCAGAAUUUAUUCCAAUUUCUCGAGUAUCAAUGGUUUAUCACAGAAUAUCACUUCGAUUUCAUGUUCGAGUAAUACAUUUAUCGACAGAAUAUCACUUCGAAAUAUUUCGUUUAAAGUGGGAGUUCGAAAAUCCGGAAAAUCUAUCUACAGCUGAAAUGAUAUUAAAUGAUGCCACAUGGCCCACAACAAAUGAAAAGUUGAAUAAUCAUUUCGUCAAUGAUAUUUUGCUUAAAGAUCUGGUGGAAAAUAUUAUGAAAGAGAUCCAGUACCAAUGGGUGUUCCGUAAGGAAGAUAAUUCUUGUAAUCAUGAAAUGCUACAAGGACCCUCCGAGUCGAAGAAACGAAGGGUUCUGAGCACCAAUCCAUUUUUACAAAUGCACUACCAACUAAGGAGGCAGAACGAACGCUCAGUUUUUGUCACGGUUGAAGAAAAUCGGCGACAAAGAGAACAGAAGGGGAAAGAGAGAGAAAGAAAGAGGAGGAAUAUAUGCAAAGGAUACAUUCUUAGUGCAAACUAA